CGAAGUGCUUUGUGGGUAGGUCGUGGAACGAGAUCGGAGGACGCCAUGUGCUUUGUGUUCGCCGGUUUGCGGCACUAAGAGGCAGUGAAUGACAGUGAGGUGGUAGCAGGGCCACAUUGCUUAUACGGGGACGAAGACGCUGCCGCCAUGAACUGCACUCGGCUGUGCAUCCGGACCGCGCUGCGGAUCGGACCGAAGGCGCUUCGGCAGGACCUGGGAAUGUCGGUGAGGUGUGGGCAUCGAGCACUGCAGACCAGUGUAGUCCGCCUGUCAGAGGCCAUUGCCGCCGCCCCCCCCCUGGACGGCACGCCAAAGCACUACUCCCCCAAAGUGCAGCAACUCGUCAAUGACAUCGCCAGCCUGACGCUCAUAGAGGUGUCUGACCUCAACGAGCUCCUCAAGGUAGGGCUGGUACAGGGCUGUGUGCCCAUCCUGGCGAAGAAGCUGGUGGAGUCUUUACCUCAGGAGAUCAAGGCGAACGUUUCGAAAGAGGAGGCAGAGAAGCUGAAGGCUGCCCUGGAAGCUGCGGGCGGCACUGUGCUGCUGGAGUAGCAGCUCCUCUCAUCCCUCCUCUGUCUUCAUUCAUUUUUUAUUUUAUUUUUUAAUCGGUGAGAGCGGCAGACUCGUCCAGCGCUGGUGAUUCAUUCCUACUGCAGGGUCUGCCAUCAGUGAUGUGGGGUCCCUGGUGACAGGGUGAGCUGCCCAGGCCUGGACCCUCACCACUGUCAUGUGAUGGGGGUGGAGGAGCACAUAGGCUCCUCGUUUGUCUGAAGGAUAUGCCUUCUGAACUGGUCUCAUGCCGCUGCUGGCUCUGUCCAUCCUGUCCAACGUGACUGUUGGAGUCCAUCACAGUGAAACUGUUCAUGGGCCCUCCUGUGGUGAAAUAAACGUGUGAUUUAUUACACAAAAAAA